GGGCGGCAUGGGGCUGUGAGCCGGCCGGGCAGCGCCCAGGCCCCGCCGCGCCCGCCAUGCCAGGGAAAGCCCAGCACUUCCAAGGGCCCCAGGUCAGCUGCUGCGCCAAGUACCUGCUCUUCGCCUCCAAUGUGCUCUUCUGGUUGCUGGGGGCUGCCUUCCUGGCCAUUGGUCUGUGGGCCUGGGCAGAAAAGGGUGUGCUGUCCAAUCUGUCAUCCAUCACCGACCUGGGGGGCUUUGACCCUGUCUGGCUCUUUCUUGUGGUUGGAGUGGUGAUGUUCGUGCUGGGAUUUGCUGGUUGCAUUGGGGCCUUGAGGGAGAAUACGUUCCUGCUCAAAUUUUUCUCCGUGUUCCUGGGGCUCAUCUUCUUCCUGGAGCUGACAGCUGGUGUCUUGGCCUUCAUCUUCAAGGACUGGAUCAAAGACCAGCUCAACUUCUUCAUCAACAACAAUGUCAAGGCCUACCGUGAUGACAUUGACUUGCAGAACCUCAUAGACUUUGCUCAGGAAUAUUGGUCUUGCUGCGGGGCUCAUGGGCCUAACGACUGGAACCUCAACAUUUAUUUCAACUGCACUGACUCCAACCCCAGCAGGGAGCGCUGUGGGGUGCCCUUUUCCUGCUGUGUCAAGGAUCCUGCGGAGGAUGUUCUCAACACACAGUGUGGCUACGAUGUCCGCCUUAAACUGGAGCUGGAGCAGCAGAACUUCAUCCACACCAAGGGGUGUGCUGGCCAGUUUGAGAAGUGGCUCCAGGACAAUCUCAUUGUGGUGGCCGGAGCCUUCGUGGCCGUCGCACUGCUCCAGAUCUUCGGCAUCUGCCUGGCACAGAACCUAGUGAGCGACAUCAAUGCCGUGAAAGCCAACUGGUGACCCCGGUGCAGGGCCUGUGCUGCCGCCUUCACUGGAUGCCCGCCGUGCCCUCUGUCGGACUGAAGCCACACUCGUAGCCACAGCUCCGGCUGCGCCUGUGCCACAUCCGUCUCUGUGCUUGUGUGCCUGUGCGCCUGGGUGUGCAGCCGGUGCUACCAGUAUUAAUGGCUGCCUGGGCUUUCCCUUCCCGGCCGGGGCACACGAGCUGUGGGCGGCAAUGUACAUAGUAUUUAUAGAGGCCUUCUGGGCAGUGCUCCUUCCGCCCUGCAGUGCAGUCUGUGGGGCCGGGAGCCGUGGCACACAGCCCUGGGGCCGAAGGAGCGAGGCCGCUCCGGACCGGCGUCCCCCUGCUGCCUGGAGCGGCUCCCCCGCCUCCACUCUCCCCAGAGCCCCUCUCCAGUGUCUCGGGCUCCUCUCCCUGGCUGCUCAGGGCUCCUCUCUGCCGGGGGCUUGAAUGAGGGGCACUGGGGGCUGGGCCCCCUCAGCCAGCCAGAAUGGGUUUUGCCAGCCAACCUGGAUUGCACGGUUGGCUUCAGUCUCCCGAUUUUCUUGUGGGAUCAAGUUCCAAUCCGAAGGGUCUUGAACAGGACAAGAGGCUGCUCUGCCUCGUUUUGUGCUUUCCCCACCCCGCCCCCCGUGCCCGCUGUGUUUCCCUGAAAAGACUGUCCAGGCUCGCUUCUGCAGCCGUGCACGUGUGACACGGGAAGGAGCUUGCCCGCGCGACAGCAGGCACGAGCCCAUCCGCACCUGCCCACCGAGAGAGAGAAACGGGCAAUUCGCUGUGCUGGAUUUUUAAAAGAGAAGCGACGCCUGCUCUGGCUAGAUAGCAGCCCUCAUUUUGUGCAGUCAAGGGGCACACACAUGGACCCGUUCCAGUCUUGAAGGAUUAUGGGGGAGCAGCCGUUCACCGGAGUGCAAAAUACGCAACCCUUUGUAUGCAAUAACUUCUCUCGCUCGGGACUUGUCUGAAAGGCCCAUGGAGAGAACCCGGGACCUCGGUGGCCUGAGCUGAACCACGUUUUGGCCCGUAGUGUUGUGCCCUCCCAUGAGCUGCCCAUUGACCCGUGCGUUGAGGACUGGCCAGUGACACAGCUGAGAAGGCCUUGGCACACGGCCAGCAAGGACUUUGUGUUUGUACCCUCACCUUGGUGGCCAUGUUCUUGGCUCUUCUACUUUCUUGCUUUCUCUCUCCCUUGAACAGGGUUCUUUCCUAAUCCCCCUGGACUCUGCUGCUAACAGGACUCAUCAGAUCAUUGGAGAUUCUAUUGACCUGCUGUACCUAAUAAAUCAAUUCCUGCCAAA